AUGCUUGGCAAAGUUUUCAUCAUCUUCAUGCUUCAAGGCAUGUUAUCAGGAAAUGCAGUAACCUUUCAAAUACUGGAUGUUCUUACCAUUUCUUACAUCAAGAAUAGUCUGAAUUUUUAUGAUGAUUGUAUUAAAUAUUUGAAAGAUGUAGGAAAUUUGAUCUCCAGAAUGGUGGCUUGUAAAGCAUUAAAAUGGUCAACAAAUGAUAAUCCGCCCAUCUCUUUUUCUGACAUGAAUGACAUAGAUUAUCUUGUCACUACUAAUCCCCAUGAUCCUGAUUACUGUAAUAAAGAAAAUCUGACCAAAAAUCUAGUACAAUGUAACGAUACCAAACACAAUCCUUAUAGAUAUACUAAAAUACCUUCAUCAAUUAAUCCUUCACGUAAUCCAAUUACUUAUAAAUAUGAAUCAGCUAAUAUUUACACAGAGAACCCCAUAUUUAUUGGUGUCUUUCCUCAGACCUGUCUUUAUGUCGAUGGAAAAAUGUUUAGUAAGCAAGAACAGACUGAUCUUGGUCAGUUUAUCCUAUAUGGAGGCCAUCAGUCAGAUCCUUCUAAAUUAUCUAAAGAUGGUCAUGGGAAAAUCGCACCUUCUG